AUGGAUAAUACACCCUUUAUAAUUAUCCCGGCCGUUUUUGGGUCGAUGAUCUUGAUACUUAUGAUUCUGGGUUUCUUGUGUGGAGGACGUGGAGGUUCUGGGAAAACGGGGUCUGGUAAUGGUCCUUUUGGAGGUGGUGGUUUUGUUGGUAGAGGCGGAGGUAGACGCGGACAAGACAAGGGUGGCGGUGAUGAUGGUGGUGAUGAUGAUGAUGGUGCUGGGGCGCUUGAAGCUGGCUGGGGAUCAGGAGGAGAUGUUGGUGGAGGUGGAGGUUGGGGAGGAGGAGGAGGGGAUUUUGGUGGCGGCGGUGGAGCUGGUGGAGGAGGAGGAGGAGGAGUGGGAGAUUUUGGCGGCGGCGGAGGUGGAGGUGGAGGAGGAAUCGGCGGCGGCGGCUGUUGA